GUCAAGGUGAGGCUGUCCAACGGUCGCUGGCAGAAAUGCGCCGGGGCCACGUGGAUCGGCGCUUUCAAAGUGAGGCGAGGCGGCCCCUCGAUUGUUUUGUCUGCCUGCCGUUCCUCUCCUCUUUCUCUGUUUCUGCUUCUGCUUCACCUGUCAUUUCUGCGACCUCCCACUCCUUUUAUUCAGGCCUUGCGGUUAUCCUUCAACCUCGCAUCUGGAGUUUCCUUGAGUUCGUCGACCCUUUGGAUACCCAUUCUCUGUGCGAAGAGGUGGUGAGAACCACACCGGGAAUUAUCCGUAUCCAGUUUCUCCUGAGGAUAUCAGCCAUCUGCUUCUACACUCCAGCUCUCAGUCCAAUUCGGAUCCCCUCUGGCCACAUUCCAUCGUUUCUGGUAUCGAAAGAGCUACAGUCUGAUCCAUCUGGUUAAUUUCAUCCUGUACCUGGAUUUUCUUUUCUUUUUCGUGAAAUAGAUAAACAACCUCAUUUGCUUCCUUUCAGCCAUGACUGAGGUUUCUUCGACCCGACUCUACCUUGGGAACCUCCCCCGAAAUGUUACCAAGCAGGAUAUCGAGGAUCAUUUCAGUACCCAUGGAUCCGGAAAGAUUAGAGAAAUCAAGUUGAAAACCGGUUUCGGAUUUAUCGAAUAUGAAGAUGAGAUGGAUGCUAAGGACGUCGUUCCGGCCUUUCACGGCAGUGAUUUCAAAGGUAAUCGUCUUACUGUGCAGUUUGCUCGUGGACCUCGACGCAAGGAGAGUUACGCUUCCCCUCCGGACCGGUCUCUUCCACCCCGUUCGCGUCGCACAAUAUAUCGUAUGCAAAUUUCUGGCCUUCCAGAAACCAGUUGGCAGGAUCUCAAAGACUUUGCCCGAGAAUCUGGCCUUGAUGUAGUUUAUUCUGAGACAGGUCGAGAACCUGGCAGAGGCUUUGUCGAAUUUGAAUCGGCCAAGGACCUAAACACAGCCAUCUCCAAGCUCAAUGGACGGACCUUCAAAGGAUCCAGUGUGCUUUGCGUUGCCGAUGAACAACCGUACGAUGAGAGACCCUACCGUGACAUGUACCGGUCCCGGUCGCCCCGCCGAGGGUACUUUCCAGUGGAUGAUUACGACAAGAGAGGGCCACCUCCUCGGGGCUAUAGUCCCCGCAUGCACUACCGUGAACGUUCUCCAAUUCCUCUCCACCGGGACUACUAUGACCGUGAUGGUUAUGGGCGUCGAACUCCUCCUCGUCCUCGGAUCGAUGAUUACCCACCUCCACGUCGUCCCUAUGAUGACCCCUACGAACCUCGAUUCCCCCCGCCUCGCCGUUACGAUGAUCCAUACUUAGCUGACAGGCCCUAUGGUCGUCCCCGAACACCGCCUAGGGGGGACUUUAUUGGUUACGAUCGCCGUGGUUACUGGUAAAUGCGGUUUUCAUAACCUCUUGAUGACUGGGCGUGCGUAGUGAAAUACCCAUUGUGUUUUGCAUGUGUUUACUGCAUUCUUCAGUUAAGAACCGAGAUGACGCGUAUGCUGGAGCUUAUUCUGGGCUGGAUGUACAAAUCGGGACAUUUGAAACGCCGCCGUACGACUUUCUCAUGCUUUGACCUGGUCUCGGACAUGUUAAGGACCCAUGGUAAAAAUUCCAGCGGAGGAGACUUCUCCGGGUAUUAAUGGUGAAGGCAGUUCAGAUACAGAGACCGUAUGAGUUCCGCCUAACUGCUAAUGAACCGCGACCGACAGCUCGGCUUACUCUGGACCUCCGGAUUCUACAGCGUAGGUCUAUCUAGGUCUAUCGCCUGGCAGCUUUCGAUCUACAGGGUGCUUGGUGGACCUCGCUCGACUAACGCAACCUUGUUGUUUUGUGUCUGCCCAGUAGACGUCGAUCCAUGUACAGUUUCGAAAAUGCUCGUAGUAAUAAUAUUUAUGAAAUCCAAGAUGUGACAUGAGGGCGCUGGAUUAUAGCGUGGAAAUCUGCAGCAGUGUAUGGCGACUUGGUGGAUGAGAUGUGUGUAUCGCGAGCAACCUGCCACGUAGCUUGCAAUGGAAUUCAAACAGUACUUGGCACUAUAUAAAUUGUAGUAGUUCAUGCGAGUUCAUGCAUCCCUUCAUUUCUUG